GGGGAAUUGAGUGAAAGAAAAAAAUCCCAUAUGGUUAUUUUUACUUUUUUUUAACGUUAUUAGAUCAAUAAAUUGUUCAUAGUUAGGAAGUCAGUAGGCAAUAUGUACAAUACGUCAAAUCCAACAUUUCGAGAAUUUCGUUUGAUAAUAGUUUGGAAAUUAUUGGACGAUUACGUGUCAGAAAAAGAACACCCUCUGUUAGUGAAGAAUUACAUAAAUCCGCAAUACCGGGAUUUAAUAUUAGCUAUCAAGGAAAUACUGCCACAUACCACAAGAGAUCAAUAUACCCUUUAUUGUAGAUACAAGGGAAGUGAUCUUUUCCAAAUCAACGAUUACAUCUCUAUGAUAACUGCAUUUCGAAUUAUGGAAGCACACGACAGCCCACUUCUAUACCUUAUUAGGAAAGACAUCGGCGAAUGGCCUGCGCCUCAAAAGGACACGGCGCAAGAUCCAGGCGAUGCGGAAAUAAUAUUCCGAGCAUGCCCCAACGAGAGGGUAUUUACGGACAUACACAGAGGAAGGACUGAACACAAAGUUUUUCCGGACGAAGAAGAAGAAAAAAUUAAAAAAGACAAGAAACAUCAUAGUCAGACAUCAGUUCGAAGACAGUCAUCAAGAGGUUCGACUCGAAGGAAAUCCAACAGAAGGCAAUCCAACAGAAGGCAAUCUAACAGGAAGCAAUCCAAUAGAAGGCAAUCCAGCAAGAAGAAAUAACGAAUAAUAAUAAAAAUAACCUCAAACUACAA